AUGGUAUCCUUCGACCAAUCAUAUCACUCUUCUUCACCUAUUCUUUCUAUGCAAGCUCAGCAUCCACCACAGCCUGCCUUUAUGACAGAAAACAACUCCCUCGCCUUCAACUCACCUUUUGGUGAUUAUAGGAAUCCAAAUUCUUCAUCCGCUUGGCCAACUACACCACUAAAGAGCGCGUUAUCUUCAGCAGCUGGGCGCAAGCGCUCGCGCGACGAAUCUGACGAUGAAUACUUUCCAAUCCAGGCGCAUACACCACAAGCACCCAUUGAAGAUGAGGAAGAGUGGGAGUACGGUGAAGGCAUGACCUUGAUCAAGCCCAAUCGUGCCGGAAGAGCGAUCGAAGCGAGUAGCCAAACGGGUACUUGGGCAGAAGAGAAAGCCGAACAAGAGAGAGCAAAGGCGCAAGCGAUAGCACAUUUACAAUCAGUAGCUCUCUCACAGCCAAGUCCAGAAAGGCCAAUGCUACGCGCAACCAAAAGCCAGCGCCUCGAUUUAACAGCUACGCCAUCUGUUGUAGAAGAGGCUAUGCAGAAUGGAAAUCUCCCAGCCGUUUCGGCGCCCUCGCCAGAAAGAACAGCACUCGCCGAGCCUACAAUCGAUGAUUUCACGCGACACUUAGGCAUUGGCUGGUCAUUGAUUAGUGCCGACGAACAUAUCCAAGCCGCUGCGCGUGGGUGGACCAAAUUCAUCGAGAACCAUUUCCCGAUUACCAACGUUAAAAUUGCACUUCAAAGCAACGGUCUUGAAAGCUACCUCGUAGAAGCAAAUGAGGGAUAUUUCUUAUUCGGCGACGAUUUGAAGCAAGGGCGGUUGGUAAGUACGAAUUUGGAGAAAGUGUGGGCUAACCUCAGGGGUCCUGUUCCAAUGUUCGACGGCGAAGCGACCAUGACAGCCGGCGAUACACCCAAAGCACCUCAAGCAACAACACCAGCCGACACGACCAUGAUGACCGACACGAGUAUGGGAGAAAUCAACAGCGCCGUUAACGGAGGACAGCAAAUCCUCGCGCCAGCUACCCAUGAAGCCGUCGAAGUCGAGAUGGAUAUGAGCUGA